CUUCUUAGUCUUUAGUCUCUGUAUAUAAACAGCUCUCGCGUUCCCAUUGUCUUCAUUUAGUUUUGUUCCCUGUAACUGCUGUAGGGUUAAUGAUGUCCUGGCAGUAAAUUACCAGUAGCUAUAUUUUAUAUCAUAAAAGGGCGUGGACAGACUGAGAGCAUAAGAGAGGAAACCAAAGAAGAGAGAAAAAAACGUGAAGCAAUGGCUGAUUUGAGUAAAGAAGUAGUAGAAGAGGGACAAUCAAAAGAUGUGAAGCAGAUACAAAGCAUGUCUGAAGUGCCACCCAAAAAACUGAAGCAGACUGAACUUCUGAGCUUCUUUCAAGAGAGUCCUAAAAAGCAGACUGCCACAGACAGUGAACCUGGGGAGAAGUCAGAAGCUAGUGACAAUGUUCAGACAAAAAUGGAUUACUUGAUUAAGAAAGAAGUUGAAGAGGGACCUUCAAAACAUCUGAAGCAGGAAACAGAAGCGAAAAAACACAAUUUCAAGUUUUCUUUAAACUCUAAGACAUUUUCAGUGGCGUGUAAAACAUUCAUGACUGUGCUUGAGGCUCUUAAUACAAGCCCAAUUUUCAGGAGUGAAAAAGACAAAAACAAAAACAUGCAGAAAGAAAUACUCAUCCAAAGAUCAAAAGGAGCAGUUCCUAGGGCAGCUGUGAAGACUGAUUUUCCCUGCUGUCUUAUUGAAAGAGAUGAGAUCUUAGACAUAGACUUCAUCCAAAAGGAUGAAAAUAGUUCUACAAAUCAAACAACUGUAGAUCCUUCACUCCUCGGUAAAAGAAGUAAACCUGAAACAUUAGUCACAAUCUGGGUUAAAAAAGAAGGAGGACCAAAAGUGCAAUGCUUACUGAAGAGCAAAGCCCUGAGGAAGAGUGUUCGCUAUGUUUGUGUGUUUGGAUUCAAAGGAGAGAAAGUCAAAACUGCUCUUAAACGUGAUGGACGAUUCAACAAUGUCAUUUUCAAGAAACACUGUGGACUUUCUGAGCUUGGUGGGGAUACAAACCAUGAAUUGUCAAUACCUGUAGAGGAUCUUGAAGGAAAGUCUUUCCAGGUAGUUGUUCUUAGUGACCAGAAUCAGCCAGACAGUCAAGAUGAUUUGACUUUUGUCAAGACUGAAGCUAAUGUAGCUUCAGAUGCUGAUGUGGCAGAAACUGCCGGCUCAAGUCAGAAUCCCAUCAACACUGAGCGAGACAAGAAACAAGAUGGAAAUGCAAAGUCCAUGAAUCCUUCAACUAAAGGGUAUGACACUAAACCUAUUGUAAAUUCUGAAGAGAUUCUGGGAAUUCUGCGUGAUCAGUUUAAAGAUUUACUGGAUACAUUAAAGCAGCGAGAGAAACUAAAGAACAAAUCUGAGGUCCAAAGGUUCUUUAGAGAAGAAUAUGGUAGAAGUGUUGAGAAUUUCUUGGAAGUGAAGAAAGUGAAGCAGCUUAUGAAGCUCUCUGACUCUGUGUGUCAGAUUCGAAAGGGGGGGUCUCCUGAAGGAACUGGUUUCUUGCUCUUCGACAGAUUCAUCCUCACUAAUGCUCAUGUUAUUGGGAUAUUUACUGACCUUACGAAAGUUAACUUUGCAGAGUUCACAGCCGUUUUUGAUUAUGAAGACAUGGAGUCAGAGAAACGCAUACAAAUUAAACAACUCACAGAUUACUGUUAUAGAAAGGAUGAGCAUGGAAGACAUCUUGACUAUGCUCUUCUUGAACUCGAUGACAAUAAUGACAUUUCUAAGUACCAUCAAUUGCUUUAUUCUUACAGUCCAAACCUUCCUAAUAACAGAUGUCAGAUCUGCAUUGUGGGGCAUCCAGGUGUGGGAGUUAAGAAAAUGGACCCCUGCAUUAUCAUUGGAACAGAAAGUCGACUAGAUGCAGAAGAAAAACACAAAACUGAGAAUGUAAAUGUCAUUAAUGUCAUGACACGGAAGUCUUUGGAAGAGAAAUGGGACUUUCAUAAAAACCAGAUUACUUACAACUCUUGCUUUUUUCACGGAUCUUCUGGCUCUCCAGUUUUUGAUGCAGACUGCAAUCUGAUUGGUAUUCACACUGGCGGCUAUGUGUACGAAGGACAUGGAAAAACUACUAAGAGUGUUAUGGAAUACGCCUAUUCCAUUCAGCCCAUUCUGAAUAUGAUCAAAGCACAGACUAAGAUAAAAGGUUUGCUUGAGAUCGUCAAAAUCUUAGAACCCUACUGUGAUCAAAGCAAUGUUUCUGAGACUCCCAAGGCAACAGAAUUAGACUGACUGUGCGAUGGACAGUGCCGAAGAGCUUUCGAUGAAACUGUCCACACGUCUGUGCCACCAUUUUUUGGGGGAGGAAGUGACUGCAAAAACUUAAUUUCUGAGAGACCUAAAAUAGAGAUGAUUGCGUGUUCGGAAGCAAAGAUACAUUCUGUUUCUCUCAUUUUUGACAAAUGUAAAGUCAUGUACCUCACCUGCGGGUUAUUUUAGGUCUGACUCAUGCCAAGAGACCAAGAACAGUGAACAUGAUUCAUUUGGCAAAGACCAAAGAUAUAGUUAUAGUUCAUUAUUUAUUGUAUUUUCUUUACAUUGUCAUUCAUACAUACUUGUGUAUGCAUAUAUAUUCAUAUACAUACUCAUUUAACAUAAAUAAUUCACUCAUAUAU